AUGCAGAGUCGGUCGUCCCAGGCUUCUGAAGCGCAUGACUGGCGCGCGGCUCUCAGAGCCCGGGGCCGUUCUUUCCAGACCACGAUGCAAGACGGGGGCGCGAAGCAGGAGCAGGAGCAGCAGGUGGAGAGUCGCGAGGGCAAACGUGCCGGUGACGGCUUGCCGGAAGCCGGUAGGCUUACAAGCAACUGGACCGGGUCGUCAGACGCCGGCAGGUUCACAGGCGGCGAUCGCCCGUCGGAGGCAGACAGUGGAUCUUCCGACGUCAGCAAGGAGUUAUUGAACAACAACGGCUCGUCUUCUUACGUCCGCGGGUCAGCGGUUGCUGCGGCGUCUUACGCGGCGUCGCAAAGCCAGCGCGAGGCUUGUGAACCGGGCGCUGCUAGCUCCGCGCGGUCAGCGAUGGAGGAAGUGCGACGCGUGGAGCGGAAGAUGGAAGCCAUGGAAUCCAGGCAAGGAAAACUUGGAUUGGAUUGUCCUCCUGAGUUGGAUCGCGCGGUUGACGCGGAUCGGUCUCUCGACUCGAACGCCGUCGAACGUAAAAGGGAGGCGGUGGAUCGCACCAUCGAGUCGCCUGAAGCGUCUUCUGGUGUGCUGCAGAAUGACGCGUUGCUAAACAAAGCGGCUAUGGAACGAGCGAUAGAAGCCAUGGAACGAAUCGGCGCAAGUAGCGGCGGGGACGGCGGAGGCGACGAGGGAGCUGGGGGAAGAGCCGGUGAGGGGGAAAGCGGAGACGCGGAGGGGCGGCGGCGGGGGAGGGGGAAAGACGUGGCGGAACUAGAGAAGGAGGUGGAAGAGGCGAAGCAAGCGUCGCACCGCAUAGCCGUUAUGUUCUACCAGCAAGACCAGGAGCUUAAAGACCUGAGAGAGAAUCACCUGGCGCUUCAGGAGGACCAUAAGCGCAUAUCGGUUCAGCUACAAGCGGCGCAGGCGGAGACGGACGAGCUGUGGAACCAGCUGGCGGCGGCGUCCCGCCAGAAGGAGGCGGCGGAAGCUACGGCGGCGGAACUGCGCCUGAAGAUCCGCAUGCUCGCGGGGAACGUGGAGGAGCUGGAGGGGGAAGCGGAGGCCACCGGGGGUUGGGGCGGCGGGGGAAGAGGCGGAGGCGGAGGCGGAGGAGGAAGCGGAGGUGGAGGUGGGGGAGGGGUUGGCGGAACGACUGCCGUGGAGGGAGUUAGCAGUUUAGAGUCUGAUCUGGUUGGCUUGCGGAAACUCAAGGAGUUAGAAUGGGAGUUAAUAUCCGCGCGAAGCGCGCGCGACCGCGCUAUGACCGUCUUGGCGGGAAUGAGAGAGGAGUGGAAUAAUCUCCGCAAACUGCGCCUGCAGCUUGACGCGCUGACGGCUAGCAGGGAGGUUGCCGGCGGUUCUGCCGGCGCCAGCGGCGGCCGCGGUGCUCAUGCGAUGGACCGCGCAGCCAGGGGGAAACUUGCUGUGGAAGACGUGCGGGGAAGGGCAUAUAGCGGAACGAGGCGGGGGGAGGAGGACGCGGGGGAAGCGGGAGGGGAUGAGCUGUUAAAGGGAGUGGAGUCGGAGAUUGCGGAGGAGGCGGACAAGUGGCGGAAGGUGGUUGGUCAGCUGCAGGAGGACCACGUGCGCGCAGUCGUGGAGGCGCAAGACGCGGCGGAGAAAUGCGCGGGCGCGCGGAGGCAGGCGGAAGCCGCCAGUGAAGAAGCGAUGAGGCUUAGGCGGGACAUCGAGCGCGUAAGAGAGGAGAAGACUAUAGCAGAGGAGGAUCUGAGGGAUUUCCGCAAGGGUUGGAAGGACCUAGCCGGGCAUUUAGAAACUUUCGCGGCUAAGGUGAGCGAAAUGGAUGCGGAAUUAGCGGUGAAGAGAAAGGAGAGAGAGGUGAUGGCGAUGGAGAUCGAACGGUCCGUGAAAGAGCGCGAUCUGAUGGCUGUGGAGAUCGGACGGGUGAGAAAGGAGCGAGAUUUUAUGUCGGUGGAGAUCGAACGGCUGCGGAAAGAUCGCGAUCUGAUGGCGCUGGAGAUCGAACGGCUGAGCAAAGAGCGUGAUUUUAUGGCGGUGGAGAUGGAUCGGCUGAGCAAGGAGCGCGCAGAGGCGGAAGAAUCGGCGGAGCGCGCGCGGGGGGAGACGUGGGGAGAGCGGGAGAAGCGGCUGGGGGAAGUGCAAGAAGCGGAGGAAAAAGCGCGGAGGAUUCGCGAACGCGCGGGGAACGCGUUAGAAGCAUACGCGGAAGAGAGAAAAGAGAUUGAGAAUAUGUUACUGCACCGAGUGCAAACCUUACAGUCGGCGGUGGAGGAGUUGCAAGGGCAGCUUGAUCAUGUGCAAGGCGCGAAAAGCAGGCUCGCGCACGCCGCGGGGGCGUUCAUGCGGGAGUUUCAGUACACUGGCGCAGGGGGAGGGGAACGGGGAGGGGGAGGCGGAGGCGGAGCGGAAGGAGGGAGGUUUCGGGAGGCAGCUAACGAAUAUUACAGCGAAGGCGGGGCUUCCAGGGGAGUGGGCGCAGGGCUGGUCUUCCUGGAUGAUAGAGGGAGGGUGGAGAAUCUUGGCCUUCCAUCUACCGGAGAUGGUUUGGGGUUCAAAAUCGGACGGUCGUUAGAGCAGGGCUUGUCUGGGCGGCAGAUAAUUGAAGAGCUGGAUUAUCUGUCCGAUGGCGGGGGCUUGGGAGGCGGUAACGGCCGAGCCUCUGGAGCAGGUCGGGAUGAGACGGUCCGAGGCAUGGCUGGGCAGAGGGGCGUUGGAUCAAGAAGUGGUGGGCGAGGGGCGAUGGGGAUGACAGCCGCAGCAGCAGUGACUGCUGUAGACUAUGGAACAUCAUCCAUUGGGGGUGCUGGUGGUGGUGCUGGUGGUGCAAGGAGGUGGAGUGCAGCAGCAGAGCUUGAGCAAGCUUUACAGGCAGAUAGGGGUUGUGGUGUGGGGAGCAAUGUGGAUGAUGACAUGAGGUCAACACGCAGUGGGGGCAGCUCAAGGAGGGCUUAUGGCGGAGGAGGGGUAGGUGGAGGAGGGACAGGAGUAGGAGUAGGAGGAGGGUAUGGUGGUGGUGGUGCGGGGGCAGGGUUGCAGGCGAGGACUCCAAGGGAGAGUGCACGGGCUGGCGUGUUUUCAGACACAUAUGCUGCUCCGCGUCCAGCAUCUCGAGGCAGGGGCGGACUGCGUGGUUCCCUGGAGGAAGACGAUGGUGCCGAUGCUGUGUCAAUCGCCACUUCGAUUCGUCGGGAGAGGGAACGCGAGCGAGAGCGGGACCGAGACCGCGACACCGAGUAUCUGCAGCAGUGCGAUCGUGAGCGUCGAUUCCGGGAUGAGAGGGAGGACGACGACAGGAUAUCCGUUCACGCUCUGGAGAAGUAUGCGCCGAACCUGGCUCGCAGUUUGAACGUUGGCGGCAUUGCAUCUUCAGGAGUAGCUGGAGGCGGUAGGCGUGGGGUUGACGACGAUGAAGAUGCCAGGAGUGUUAGCAGUCGUAAGUCGUGCCUCUCAGGUGCUUCGAGAGGGAGUAGGUAUUCCACCACUUCGUCUGGUGCUGCUGCCACAGCGGCAAGGGGAAGGACUUCAAUGGGUGGCGCGACAAGCUUCGUGUCUCCGAGGGACCAUUCAACACUUUACUAG